AGAAUAUUCAACUUUAUGGUUUUCGGCAGCCAUUUGUUAUCCUUGCCAAAGUUUCCGUGAAACCUCUCGUUAAAAAUGUUGAAAUCAGCUUCUGGCAGACUGGCCAAUAUCCUGAAAAGGUCCUUGGUUCCAGCGGUAAGGGUCAGUGCAGUGGUCCCAGCGCGGAGAGCGCAUGGUGGUCCCGUGGAAACGGACGAAGAAUUCGAUUGCAGAUAUGAAGCAUUCUUCAACAGACCCGACAUUGAUGGUUGGGAGAUCCGUAAAGGUAUGAAUGACCUGUGUGGUAUGGACCUGGUACCUGACCCAAGGAUCAUCAAAGCGGCUCUGUGCGCCUGCAGGCGGGUGAACGACUACGCUCUCGCCGUAAGGUUCAUCGAGGCCUGCAAAGACAAAUGCGGACCCAAAGUAAACGAAAUCUACCCCUACAUCAUCCAAGAAAUCAAACCGGUUCUCACUGAGCUUGGAAUUGAAACCCCCGAGGAACUUGGCUAUGACAAACCAGAAUUAGCUUUACAAAAUGUUUAUGAGAUGUAAGGUCACUGGUGAUAUAAUAAGCUGUAGAGAAAUUUGUAUAAUAGUUUUGUUGUCGACUUUUAUUUUAUUGAAUUGUGAGAAGCAAGCCUUCUACGGAAAUAUUCUUGGUCCACCCAAUGGAAUCAACAAGCUUAUCUAAUGCAUAAACCAUUAGAGGAAUAAUG